AUGUCUGAUUUUGGUAGAAGAACAUGGAAUAGAGAAGAGUAUAUUGGGACGAAUUCCAAGGCAGAUGGUCCACAGUUUACCGAUGCCCAACUAGCGGCGUUAAAAGUCAAGUAUUUGAAUUAUGAUAAACUGAUGCAACAAACAAAUCAGAAUGUAAACCAAAAGAAUCUCGUGGCUAAUGUAACAUCUUUCAAGAAAGGGAAGCAGUUUGGGUUUUAUUGUGAUAUCUGUGAUUUAACAUUCAAGGAUACUUUACAAUACGUUGACCAUUUGAAUCAUAAGGUACACCUGUUGAAAUAUGAGACAUUAUUUGGAGAAUCUUUGAUUUCAGAUACUAGAGAUAAUGAUGACAUACCGAUAGAGGAAUUUUCUAAUUGUUAUACUCAGCAUAUACGUGAUUUUAUUAAAGAACAUAGUGAUCGUCCUCAACAACAAAGGAAUAAUGCUCGACAGAAGAAGAUAAUUGAUAAGAAGCCUGUCGAAGAGGAUGAUAUGAGUAAGAUGAUGGGGUUUGGUUCAUUUGGUACUACUAAAAAAUAA